AUGCACGAAAAUUUACAUUCAUUUCGUCCACUGCUGUCCAUUGUUGUCCGAUCCGACUCCGAUCGUCGUCGUCGUCGUCGUCAACUCUGCUGCACACUGCGUCAGCGUCGUUCGAAGACUCAUUCGUGGUUGGACGUCGUCGUCGUCGUCGCCGUCAUCGUCUUCGUCGUCAUCGCCCUCGCUAUUCCCUCCCUUUUCGACUUCGAUGAUGUGUCUCGUUAA